AUGAUCUGGUUAUUCCGCUGUGUUUCAGAAUAUCAAACAGAGAGGGAGUUGUUUCAAAACCUUUCGAAUGAGAAUUUGGAUAAAGUAUGGUUGUUGAAUUGUUCAAGCCAUAGCGACCAUCCGAUCCUGAUAGUCAAUGACGCUGGUGAGAAUGUCGCGAUCGGGGCAGAAGUUCAAGUCAUAAACGGGGAGAAUCGAAAUAAUGAAGAAGCUGAAGAUCUUUCAAAUUUCACAAAUUGUCUCAUGAAAAAGUGGGAAGAAAGAAAUAAAAAAACGUCUCCAAACGCGCUUGCUAGGUAUAACGUUUCGGGCGAGUCAUCGGGCUCAAAUGGUUUGCACAACGGGAGCAAUCAAGACAGGCAAAGAGGAGCGGAUAGCAUUGAAAACAAUGAAAUGGGUGACCAUUUGGUAAGUUUAGGAAAUUUAAAUAUAAAAGGAAAAAAUGGACAUUUAUAUUAAGAAGAACAUGAUUUUAUCUUAUCCUAACUUAAAAGGCAAUUAGUACCACCUUUUACUAAGUAUAAGCGACCCCAUCAAAGUUCUUCUCCAAAGAUUGAAAACAAAUACCGCUAACAGUUACUGUAUCAAGAUCAGUCGCCAUUUUGGAAUAUGUUUAGCACCCUGCAAUAUGGCUUUCAUUUUUCUUGAGGAGUAAUCUCACGUAAAUAAUUUUUGAAUAAUAGUGAAGUCUUCAAAGCUAUAGAAAUUAAAGACCUACCGAUGCGAGAAAAUAUGGUUAUGAAGUGAGUUACGUCCACAUGCACCCUUCCAUCGCCUGGCAACUCGUACAGACUCUAGGGCUACGAGUAGAAUUGUUCUUGGCGUUUAUAGAUUAACCUGGGCGGUUAGGGAGCAAACAAGGAGAUACUCCGAUAAAAAUCUAGAUGUAAUAUUUUUUGUGUUUGACUUACUAGAAAAAAAUUUUCGAAUAUAAUUCUUUAAAGUUUGGCUUUUGCCUUGUUAAGCGUUUGGUCACGCUCCAGGAUUAAUCUACAUUAUCUGAGACUGGUCAAGUUUUGACUGGUGAAUGCAUAAGUAAAAACCAUGCAGGAUCUUGAAACUUGUUUGCCGAUAAAGAGAGACUUCUGUUAUUUUCUUCUUCUACCUCCACAAAAUAAAAUACAACUGCUUGCCGUCAACAUUUUUUUCUUGUUAUUCAAAGCUGAUUUAAUUAAUUGUUUAAUGGUUUUGGUUGAGGAUUAAACAUCGCAACGGAUUCAUAAGUGGCUGCGUGUGGUUCAAGUUCAUCAAGGCUCUUAAUACGCAGACUAAAGGGAAAAUAUUUUGUCCUUUCAAGUUUUUCACUUUUCGUGUUUUUCCACUGCCACCCCAAAGUAAAUACCAGCUGCUAUCAAAAUUAUUCUGAUAUUCAAAGCAGCUUUGUUUAUUCGGUUCUUAGGCUGAUGAAAAAUUCGCGACUGGAUUAAGCGAUAGCUGUAUUUGGGGGAAGAGGUGGGUUGGGUUAGUGAUGCAAUCUGUGUGGACAAGAAUUCUUUUCGAAGCCUACAUAUAUUACUGUGAUCGAAUUCGAUUAAUUUUUUUCUGUUAAUAUACGGUUUUUCCCGCAUAAGCUCAUAAGAGAGUACACCUCCCGGGAUUGAAAACACCUUUAACUCAUGAAUUCCUUUUGAAUAUUAGCGGGGCUCCCACGCGCGCGACUCAUGGAUAUGGUCAACUGCUUUUCGUUUGGUUGUCACGUGAUUGACCGAGCGUACACGUCUACAGAUUGUACGGGUGGGGUAGGGGAGAUUAUCAAAAGGAAGGAAGAGGUGUCUCAGGCAUGUCUUAGCAAAUUCACAUCUUUUAAAUUGGACAUUCACUUUUCACAAUAUGGUCAAUUGACAGCUGUCAAAACAGGAUAGCCACUGACCAGUAUCACAUGACCAUAUCGCGGGGUCAUGUGUCAACUCAUCGAGGUGAUGUGAUUUAUUUGGAAACUGUCCGCUGACCAGCUAAAUGUUUUACUAGACCACGAUCAAUGUUCAAUCUCAUACUUUCUAGCUAGUUUGGGAGCACAGUUGAUAAUGCACACAUAUUGGACAUCGGACAUCAAUGUUGUGAUCAAUUGACAGCUGUCAAAACAGGGUAUCCGCUGACCAGUAUCACUUGAGCCCAUGCGUGCUUCGAUCUUCCCGAAUAUUGAAUGAGUGCAAUUUGUAUUGCAAAAUUGUGAAAUACUGCAUUAUGCCCGAGGUCUGUAUGAUAAAAACAGUACCUCAUAGUACUGUUUCACCUCAGAUGUGAAGUAUAAAUGGUAUAAAAGGUUGGUUUACAAGCACCCAGAUGUGUUGGCAAGAUUUUGUAAAGUGUUAAAACUUGUCGAACGCAAAAAAUUUGGCCCGAUUUUUUUCCAGGCCUAAUUAAUCUACGGUGUUCAAGAGCCAUUAUGGCUCUUAAAUGUGAUUGAAGAUGAUUGCUGUCUUUAAGGUGUACAAAUGAGGUUAUCAACUCGAUGUAAGAUUUUGUUUACUCUUGGGCUGUUUGCAAAUUAUUUUUCACAAAAUCACUCAGCCUUUGCCUUAACAGUCACAUGAAUUCGCUAUGUGCUCUAAAGCUAACUGAACUGUGGAAUACAAGUUUAUUGCUUGAUUUAAAUUAUAAAUAUAUUAAUGGGAACCUCGCUUUUCGCCCUGGCUAAAUCUAUAUGUUCCUGUAUGUUACCGUAAUCAGAGCCUUUCUCUAAAUUAAUUCAUCAUAUUUUUUGCGACUACUAAGAAAUCAAGCGUAAUGAAGCGCCCGCCUGUUUCUUGAACGUUUCUGGCGAGAUAUGGUUGACAUGGAUCCUUCCCUUUGAGAUAUUUGGCUCGUUGGCCCCUCAGGUGAUGACUUAGCAGUAGCGUAGAUGUGUCCGAAAAAACGCCAUCUUGUGAGAAAGUUAACGCAGCUGCAUUCUUAACUUAUAUGUGGCUCGAAUGUGUAAUACUUUUCAAACGCCAUUGUAAAAUUUCAUUUUUUCUUUUAACAAAAUGUUAUAAAGCGUAAUUGACUGUCAACCCUUGUAAAUAUUAUCAAACGAAAACUCUAAAAACCUUUUCGUCUUUUUCUUCUUGAAGUCUGCACAGUCACUCUGUUAUCAAAGUCACAGCAUUGGUAAAAACGCUCACAGUAUACAGUGGAUGCCUGGGAAGCAAAUGAAAUUUGAUGAUUAUCUACUGUGUACCUGUGGAGGAGUCCUUGGUGUUUGCCUAAUGAUGGGGAUACUAUGGGACACUUGCUCAAGGCUGCGAGAAAGAAAAACGGAGAACAAAGGUUAG